AUGACCACAUCAAUUCGAUCGCAGAGACUGCUCCAGCAGCUCUCCCUCUCCGGUCCCACGACGAGAUCGCGCAUCGCAUCCGGCACUGUCCGCGGAGCAUGCAUCGCCUGUCAACUGCGAUUCCAAACGCAGAGCACCAACAGACUUACGCCUCGCCCUAACACCCAGCACACCAAGUUUCCUCUCCGGCGCCAAUUCACCACGACAUCACCCACAUACAACGACAGCGACGCGGGCCCAGAAAGCCGCGGCGUCGCGCCGGACAUCACAAACCACUACACGAUCUUCCGGCAAACUUUGCCCGGGGGACCUCCACCGGGCUCACCCUUCGACAUCUCACUGGGCGACCUGCGGCGCGAGUUCCUACAACUCCAGAAUGUCAGCCAUCCGGACAAGUACGCGCCGGGGGCGGCGAAGCGACGCGCAGAGGCCUUCUCGACGCUGAUCAACGAGGCGUACCGCACGCUGGCGGACCCGCUGCUGCGCGCACAGUACCUCCUCCGUGAGAUGCACGGCAUUGACGUCACAGCAGAGGACGGGGCGGCGAAGCAUGCACUUGACCCGCAGACGCUGACGGAGGUGAUGGAGGUGCAGGAGACGAUCGAGGAGGUAAGCGAGGACCCAGAUGCGGAGGCCAAGAUCGCGGAGCUGAAGAAGGAGAAUGCGGCGCGGGUGGAGACCGGGGUGAAGAUGUUGGCGGGGGCGUUUGAUCGCGGGGAUAUCGAGACGGCGAGGUCGGAGUGCGUGCGCUUGCGGUUUUGGUAUAAUGUGGGAGAGGCGCUGAAGGAGUGGGAGCCUGGGAUGACGGAGUUGAGACUGGUGCAUUGA